AUGGACCAUUUGGCCGCAUUGGGAGCUCCGUGCAGGGUGCAGACAGGAGUCUGGAUGCUCCUAUUCCUGGGAAUCUUGGGAAGUGUCUGCCCACUUUUGGUGGGCGCCAUGGAGCCUCUUUCAAGGGCCCCUUUUAUGGCCUGUGUUGGGACAGAAGUUAUCAAGAGGACGACAUGGGAACAUACACAAAUCCUGGUUGACAAGUGGCCUGACAUCGAUCUCCCCCACUCCCGCGUGAUACGGAAGGUUCUAUGGGCCAUUACACACAAUGAUAUGCUCGAGGAGCAUGCUGAGGACUGCGGCUUUGCACUGGCAACUGUUCUGCUGGUUGCACUCCGUGCUAUUGAUUAUGACGAUGGGCGUCAAGAGGCUCAGAAAAUGUUCCAUUACUUGACCACGGCUUUAAUUCCGAAGCUGCAGCCAUAUUUCCCAACAGCGGCGAAAGAUGACUGGGCACCGGACUUGAAUGACUUGAGGAUCUAUCCGUUCUUGCUCGGUUUAGAGCCCCAACAUGACUGCUACGGCACGACGUUGCGGCUCUUCGUGUACAAACUGCCUGAAUUGACCAAGGGCGUCCUGCACUGCCAUCAUGGUCAGUGGGGCUUGGAGGCCCUGAUUCCUCAUUGGCUUCGCCAAGGCUCAUGCUUAACGGAGGAUCCUGACCAGGCUGACUUCUUUCUGGUACCAUGGCACACGUGGUGUGAUCGCAUGGUUUACAAGAUGAACCAAACUCGACGAGAAGUCUCCGCGGUGUACAUCGACAUGAUCAAGCGCAAAGACGACAUGCUGCCAUAUUGGUCCAAGAAUGAUGGCUAUGACCAUGUGUUCGUCUUUUCGGACCAGGGCAUGAACUUCUUUCCUGAAUGGCGGGAUUACAUCCCUCACUCAAUGUUCAUCGUCACGGAAGCCUUGACGCCCAGAUGCGGCCCGAGUUGCUUCAACGCUUGGAAGGAUUUCGUAGUCCCAGGCCACACAGAUUAUUUCCGCUACACGCGGAUGGCGAAAUUCAAUUUGCCUUCCGAGCAAAGAACGUUGUUAUUCAAUUUCCAUGGCCGGCAUCCUGGCCUGAACGACCUCUACAAGAAAAACUUCGUGCGAGGCAACAUCAUCAAGGUCUUCGAUGGGCUGGAGGGUGUGAGCGUAGGCGGAUUCACAGAUGACUACUUCGAGCGAAUGGGCGCAUCACAUUUUUGUUUGGUGCCUAUGGGAACCUCGUCUUGGACGAAUCACCUGUAUGAGGCCUUCUUUGCAGGUUGCAUACCAGUGAUUCUCAGUGACGGAUUCAAGGUACCCUUUGAGAGCUUCUUGGACUGGCCCAGUUUCUCUGUAAAGUGGCCAAUGGAGGACGUCAGCAUGGAUCUGUACAACUUCUUGCUGAACACUCCAGUGUGGAUGUUGCGCAGGAUGAAGGCGCAGUUUUGGGUUCAGCAUGCAAACCACCCAUAG